AUGGGUACUCUCAUAGCCACCCUGGAGACCUUGUUUGUCCAUGCAGGCUCCACCACGUAUGGUCCCGAAACUGGUGUGAUGGUGGGAGUGAACGCAACCAUCUUUCACGAGAACUUUGAUGAAUGGUCCUACUGGAACGACAUCUGCCUGCUCAAGUUGACGCAGCCGCUGACCUUCUCGUCGACCAUACAGCCGGUCUCCCUGCCGGCGCCGGGACAGCAGACAGCCGCCGGCACCAUAGCAACCGUGGUCGGCUGGGGAUCCGUCGAUUAUACCACGGUCGUCGUCAGUGACCUGCAUAAAGUUGACGUCCCCGUGUGGUCAGACGAGGACUGCCAGGCGACCUACGACUACUAUGUCUACUCUGUGAGGGAGAACAAUAUCUGUGCUGGAGAAGAGGGCAAAGGGAAAUGUGGGCUGGAUUCAGGAGAUCCUCUUUUGGUGAACGGGCAGCUGGUAGGAAUCGCCUCCUGGGAUGGUUACGAGUGUGCCACUGCAGACUCACCGGGAGUCUAUACUGAAGUUUCCUACUUCGUCGACUGGAUCAAUCAGAACGCAGUGUGA